AUGGCAUUGCUGCAGAUGCGUCGCGUGGGUGUGGCAGCAGCAACAGCAGCGGGGCUCACGUCUGUAACCCGUGUGACUGGCUGUGGCGCCACAACGACGCCGUGGCGAUGGAUGGCCACGACGAGGGUUGCGCUCGGGGAGAAGGGCGUGCGCUACUCGGGGGGUGGAAUGGAAGGAUUCACCGACGCGACGUACAACACCGCGGCGGACGCCUUUCUGGAGCACGUCGAUAACGUUCUAGAGGAGAUUGACAGUUCCGCACUUGAGGACGUGAGUCUGUCGGGCGGCGUGUUAUCGAUCGAGACUGCGUCGAAAGGGACGUUUGUGCUCAACAAGCAGGCGCCGAAUGCUCAGCUUUGGCUCUCCUCCCCGGUGUCGGGGCCGCACCACUACGACAUGAUUCUGCCAGAGGGACGCAGCAAGGCAAUGACACCGGACGUUGUGCGGUGGCUUGCCAACAGCGAUGGGCAUUGCCUGCAGGAGAAGCUGGAGAGGGAGCUGACAGACACGCUGGGCGUGGAGGUGAAGUUGUGA